AGGGCGUUCCUACGGUGGCGGCGUGCGUUCGCUUGUGUGACACAAUUACAACAACUUUGAGCUUGUGUGUGGGGGGGAAGUUUAUGAUAUUGCUUAAUAACGCUUUAUCGUAAACUCUGCGUCUACCCUAUUCUAUGUAUCAUUUGGCAGUAGUACAAAUGUAGUAUUUUGUGUACAAACAUGCGAGAAGAAGGAUUUUAUGGACGGCUCUUGUUUUCCUUGAGGAUUUCUCAAUCACUCGGAUAAGCUACGUUUUCUUAUCCUGGAUAAGGUGCUGUACUUUCGUUCUCAUUAUAUUCAGGUGGAGUUUCUCGCCCGCUUCCCUGUUGCUUUUCCAUGAAAUCCUGCGGAGUGUCGCCCAACGCUGCUGCCUCUGCUGCUGCUCGAAGUCUCGGCGCUGCUGGUGAUGAGGAAAAGAAAAUGGCGGCGGGAAAAGCGAAUGAAAUCGAAGAGGACUUUCCGAAACUAACAACGCAAGAGAGAGAGAGCUUGGUCGAAAUUGACAGUUCACUGUUUGGAUUUCAGAGGCUUCAUGAAGAUGGCGCCAGAACGAAGGCCUUGCUGUUAAAGGCUGUUAGCUGCUAUGACUCCAUCAUCCUGAAGGCAGAAGGGAACGUUGAGCCAGAGAUGUUUUGCCAGCUGGGCCACUUCAACCUGCUGCUGGAGGAUUAUCCAAAAGCGUUAUCUGCAUACCAGAGAUAUUACAGUUUACAGUCAGACUACUGGAAGAACGUUGCAUUUUUAUAUGGCCUUGGUCUGGUUUACUUCCACUAUAACGCCUUUCAGUGGUCCCCUCUCUCCCUGUCUAGGCCAGUGCAGCCCUCCUCCACAGAGGCCCAGGCAGGACAGAGAAGGGCGAUAAAAGCAUUUCAGGACGUGCUCUAUAUUGACCCAGGUUUUUCCAGGGCCACCGAGAUCCACAUGAGACUGGGCCUCAUGUUUAAAGGCAACACAGAUUACGAGUCCAGUCUAAAGCAUUUUCAGCUGGCUUUGAUUGACUCCAACCCCUGCACUUUGUCCAAAGCUGAAAUCCGGUUCCAUAUUGCUCAUUUAUAUGAGAUUCAGAAGAGGUUCAGAGCUGCAAAAGAAGCGUAUGAGAGUUUACUACAGACAGAUCAUUUACCUGCACAGGUGAAGGCCACAACUCUGCAGCACCUGGGCUGGAUGCAUCACACAGUGGAGCAGCUUGGCGACAGAGGCACCAAGGACAGCUAUGCCAUCCAGUGUCUGCAGAAGUCGCUAGAAGCAGACCCUAACUCUGGCCAGUCCUGGUACUUCCUUGGAAGGUGCUACUCCAGUAUUGGGAAAGUCCAAGAUGCCUUCAUCUCCUACAGACAGUCGAUUGACAAAUCAGAGGCCAGCGCUGACACCUGGUGCUCCAUUGGUGUUCUCUACCAGCAGCAGAACCAGCCCAUGGACGCCCUGCAGGCCUACAUCUGCGCGGUGCAGUUGGACCACGGCCACGCGGCUGCCUGGAUGGACCUGGGCACGCUGUACGAGUCCUGUGGGCAGCCGCACGACGCCAUCAAGUGCUACAUCAACGCCACGCGCAGCAAGGCCUGCACCAACACCCCCACCCUCACACAACGCAUCAAGCUGCUGCAGGCUCAGUUGUGUAACACGCAGCCAGGUAGUGCUGCUGGGGGGAAGGGCGCUAGAAUGCUUCCUAGUAUUGAGGAGGCGUGGAGCCUUCCCAUCCCAGCGGAACUCACGUCCAGACAGGGGGUCCCGAGCACGGCGGCAUGCAGCCCAGAGACCCCGCAGCCGCAGGCGUGUAAACAGCCCCAAGCAGGUGAGGCUGGUCAGUCCCAGGCACAUGUAUCCCCCCACGCUGAUGGCCAGGCCAGCCCCGCCAAGAGGAAACGCAUCGCAAGUCCCUCUAAGAGUGCUGUGGAGUCUUGGACCAGCAACAACCCUGUGCAACAGCAGAUCCCCAGCUGGUACCUUACGCCACAGAAACUGCAGCUUCUCGAUCACCUCCGCGCCAACCGGGCCAGUCUGAAACCACCUCAAGUACUGAUGCUGGACCAGCUGGAGAACCAGUUCUGCCUCAUGCAACAGCAUCAACAGCAGGCGAGACAGCAAGCGGCAGGACAGUUGCGGCCGACCCUACCAAACGGCCCCUCGCUGUCCCCAAACUCCCUCCCCUCGCCUCACCCGCUGUCCCGGACUUCACCCAUUGGUCACAACCCAGCCCACCCCCCCUGCACUCCUCGGCCGACGGCCAACGGCCCUUUAUCUUCGAGUCCCCCGGGGCAGCUGGGUAAUCCGGAUGUGGGGACCGCGGGCAAUAAUCACACUGCCGGUCUGCUGGGCGCAGGGACAUUACUGGGCGGUUUAACGGGAGGUGGCGGGAGUAACGGAAACGUGCCUUACCUGCAGCAGAACUGUCUACCUCACAACUGCACAGUUACCAGUGGUACCAGUACCAGUCACAGCAUUAACAAUAUUAGUAAUGAAGAAGAGGCCGGGGACAGCCAGCAGCGCACCAACUCCACUCAGGGGUUUCACAAAGGUCACGGUUCACAUUCGGCGGGUCCCAAUGGAGAACAGCCUUUCUGUCCUUUCUCCCCCACCUCCACCCCACCCCAGAUCACUUGCUCUGGUGCUCAAAGUCUAAAUCAGGUCGGACAUUCCACCGGGCCCUGCCCUUCCUCAUCUUCCUCCUCCUCUUCCUCCCUCUCCUCCUUCUCCUCUUCACCACAGAGGGUCGGUGCCCCAAGUCACCCGUCCUCCUCGCCACUCCAUUUCCCCGCCACUACCUCAGGGGCCCAAACCAAAGAGAUCACGCCUUCAGGAAACAUCAGCGGCCCUUGUGCCGCCACGGGGACGCCCCUCAGUCCCGGUGCCACCGUCCCUACCCAGGGAUCGGCUACCCACGUCCAGCGCGGGGCGGUGACCGCCGCCACGGAUAGCUCGGCGGGGGGGCCCUCGUGGACCGGCCCUCCUCAUCCGGGCGCGCUCAGUUCAGACAAUCCUCGGCUCUCAGCCUUGCUCCUGGGAAAAGCCAAUAAUAUGGAAACCACCAACCAGGACGGCCGCAAUAAUCACGGUGGUGUUCGUCAAGGAGUGGACGUUAAUGUCAAGGUCAACAACAUCCACCACAGGCGCCCCCUGCCGGACCACUCCGCGGCAUCCUCGGCUCACUCCGCCCUGUCCGCGACCUCGCCCUGUCGACCCACCGGGCCCUUCCCCUCCACAGCCAGCGGCCUGGUCAGCCUUAGCGCUGCCUCGCGGGUCAACGGUAAGGAGCCGGAGGACUCUCGGACCCCGGCGAAGGCAGGGUCCGCUGGGUUGUUUCACAGCCGGCCGGCCCUCUCCUCAUGGUCCUCGGUUUCCAUCUACCCCAGCUCCAGCCAGGUGCUCCGGGCAUGCAGGAACCUCGGGAAGAACGGCCUGUCUGGCAGCAGCGUCCUCCUGGACAGGUGUCCCCCGCCCCGGCCCCCUCCGCCGCCAUCCCCCUCGCUGCCAAAGAAUAAGCUGAACCCCCCCACGCCCAGCAUCUAUCUGGAGAACAAGAGGGACGCCUUCUUCCCGCCACUGCAUCAGUUCUGCACCAACCCCUACAACCCUGUCACCGUCAUCAGAGGGCUGGCCGGGGCGCUCAAACUGGACCUGGGCCUGUUCUCCACCAAGACGCUGGUGGAGGCCAACCCUGACCACCUGGUGGAGGUGCGGACCCAGUUGGCUCAGCCCACCGACGAGAACUGGGACCUCAGUGGCACCAGGAAGUUGUGGCGCUGCCAAAGCAGCCAGUCACACACCACCAUUGCCAAGUAUGCCCAGUACCAGGCCUCAUCCUUUCAGGAGUCUCUGCGGGAAGAGAAUGAAAGGAAGAAAGAGCUGGAAGCAGAGGCAGCCAAUGCCGAGAAUGUGUUGCGUCGGAGGAGAGGGCCCUUCAAACACAUCAAGUUUGGCACCAACAUCGACCUGUCUGAUGAGAGGAAGUGGAAGCUGCAGCUCCAGGAACUCAGCAAGCUGCCGGCCUUCUCCAGGGUGGUGUCUGCCGGGAACUUGCUGAGCCAUGUGGGUCACACCAUCCUGGGCAUGAAUACCGUCCAGCUCUACAUGAAAGUCCCUGGGAGUCGGACGCCAGGUCACCAGGAGAACAACAACUUCUGUUCGGUGAACAUCAACAUCGGCCCAGGGGACUGCGAAUGGUUUGCUGUGCCAGAGCCUUACUGGGGAAUCAUCAACGACUUCUGUGAAAAGAACAACAUCAACUUCCUGAUGGGCUCGUGGUGGCCCAACCUGGAGGACCUCUAUGAAGCAGACGUCCCGGUGUACCGGUUCAUCCAGCGCCCGGGCGACCUGGUGUGGCUCAACACGGGCACGGUCCACUGGGUCCAGGCCGUUGGCUGGUGCAACAACAUCGCCUGGAACGUGGGGCCCCUAACCGCGUACCAGUAUAAGCUGGCAGUGGAGCGUUAUGAGUGGAACAAGCUGCAGAGUGUCAAGUCCAUCGUUCCCAUGAUACACCUCUCCUGGAACAUGGCCAGGAACAUCAAAGUGUCUGACAGCAAGCUCUUCCAGAUGAUCAAGUACUGUCUGCUGCGGACGUUGAAGCAGUGUCAGAUGAUGCGGGAGCUACUGCAGGCAGCAGGCAAGGAGCUGGUUUGGCAUGGCAGGACCAGAGAUGAACCUGCACACUACUGCAGCAUCUGUGAGGUGGAGGUGUUUGACCUUCUGUUUGUGACCAGUGAGAGUAACACCAGUAAGACCUAUGUGGUGCACUGUCAGGACUGUGCCUGCAGGGGGAGCUCUAACCUGGACAACUUUGUGGUGCUGGAGCAGUACAAGAUGGACGACCUCACGCAGGUCUAUGACCAGUUCACACUCGCUCCACCCCUGCCUUCCUCCUCUUGACGACAACAUUCUGUUGUCCUGACGACAGAUAGAAUCAUCCCUUGACUUCCGGAACACACCGGAAGCCCUUUUUCUGAUAUUCAGGAAGUGAGCUAGCAGUUUACUGCUCUUUGUAGCUAUCCCACAAGGCAGCUGUGUGAAAAGCUAUGUGUCUAUGCAACCUGCCCUGAGCAGAGGUUAGGGUUGCAGAAUUCCGUGAUUCUUUUUCUAGAAAACCUGGGAAUUUUUGGAAAGUUACCGGAAUUUUACAUCCCUUCUGCCACCGCCAUCAGGCUGUUCAAAUGCUGCCUGGCUCAGCUGUAACUUCUCUAGAAAAAUAUGAAAAUAAUGAUUUUAAAAAAUUGACUGAAAGUGUUUUUGUAUAUAUUAUGUUAGAACUGGCAACAAUGUCACACAGACUACUAACUUGAUGAAUUCCUCUUUUUUGUUUUCUGUACCAAGCCCCUCCCUCCCUAGUACACACACACUUUAUCUUGUUCUUGAGUCCUAGCUAGUGUAGCUGGCCUUGUAUGUUAGAUAGUUGUCUUUCGGCAAGAAAGGAAGAAAACCAUGUCCUAAUGUGACAACUUUGUGAGAAUAUUUUUUUACAGCUUUUAUUGUUAAUUUUUGAACCAUAAUGUUUUUCUUUUUUACGUUAAAAAGAGGAAUACAAUGAGCAAAGAUAACCAGCCAAGUCACCAAGAAAAAUGGGUUGCACACAGACUUUUAAGGAAUACACUUUUCAUUUUUUAAUCUUGUAAAUUUACACUAUUUAUAAAAUGCAUAUUUAUUGCUUGAACAAAAUAUUUGUUGAUGGAAUGCUGUAAAUUUGUUCCCCCAGAGUACCUGCCAUUAAAUUUGAAGGAGUUGUGUCAUUUUGCACACAGCCCCUCAUACGUUUUCUAUAAUAAAACGGCUUUAGCAAAGCAUUG